CCGACAUAUUUACUCUCUCUCUCUCUCUCUACAAACACUCAUUUCUCUCUUGUUUCUUUGAGAAGAUAUAUAGAAAUUCACACACUUGAAAGCUUAUCUCUACACUUUCUCCAGCACUCUUCUUCUAUAAUUUCUUCUAGAAUUCAAUUCUGUUUCAUUACUAAAAAGAGACAAUGAGUGCUUCAAAGUUCAUUAAAUGUGUUACUGUCGGAGACGGAGCUGUGGGGAAGACAUGUAUGCUUAUCUGUUACACUAGCAACAAGUUUCCCACUGAUUAUAUACCGACUGUGUUCGACAACUUCAGUGCCAAUGUCUCCGUGGAUGGUCAAAUCGUGAAUCUUGGUCUAUGGGACACUGCAGGUCAAGAAGAUUACAGUAGGUUGAGGCCAUUGAGUUACAGAGGAGCUGAUAUCUUCGUCUUAGCCUUUUCUCUUAUCAGCAAGGCCAGCUACGAGAAUGUACUUAAGAAGUGGAUGCCUGAACUUCGUCGGUUUGCGCCAAAUGUUCCUAUAGUACUUGUUGGUACAAAGCUUGAUCUCCGUGAUGACAAGGGAUACCUCGCUGAUCAUACCAACGUCAUUACCUCUACUCAGGGAGAGGAAUUGAGGAAGCAAAUCGGUGCAGCUGCUUACAUCGAGUGUAGUUCCAAGACUCAACAGAAUGUGAAAGCAGUGUUUGACACAGCGAUCAAAGUGGUUCUUCAGCCACCAAGGAGGAAAGAGGCCACUAUGAGUAAAAAGAAACACAGAAGAUCCGGUUGCUCCUUUGCGAGCAUUGUCUGUGGAGGCUGCACCACAGCUUAGGACAUAACUUUUCAAGUGACAAAAAUCUCAACAAAAUUCUCUCUCUCUCUCUGGUUGGUUUAUUGGUGUUGUUGUAGGUUGAAAGAUGAGGGAACUGUUGGUUCUCUUAUUUGUAUGUGAAGAAGUUCCCUUUCUCUGUUUUUUUUGUUGUUGUGUAGACUUUUGCUGAUUCCAGUAAUAUUCUUGUAUUGGUUGUUAACUAUGUUUUUACAUCAUUUUGAA